GUUCCUGGCUCAUCUGUUCUCCAUGCCUUGUUGCCUCGUCGUCCGUCUCUCAGCUUGCUAUCGCUGUUCACCACACCCUGCCAGUUUGCUUACCCUAUUGUCUGAACCCAGCUCCUGUCUCCUGUGUUCUGUACCUGAUCAUCUGAUGUCCAGAGCGAAGGCUGCACCCCCUCCUGGGUGCCUUCUCAACAUCAAUGAUCCUCAGGUCCAGGAGGCUGCUAUCCGAAUCCAGGCUUCAUAUCGUGGCCACAGGUCUCGUAAAGAGAUGCGAGAGAAAGGACCUCCCAAGAUUCUACAGGAGCUCAAAGAUGUGGUUCUUGUUGAGGGCAGCGCUGCAAAGCUGGAGUGCAGAGUUAGUGCUUUCCCCGAUCCGUUCAUUGUCUGGUACAAGGAUGGCAAAGAGCUGAAAGAUGGGCCCAAGUACCGCUAUGUGUUUGAAGACCCAGAUUUUGUGGCACUGGUGGUUCGAGAUGGGGUUCUGGCUGACCUGGGAAAAUACACUGUUACCAUUAAGAAUCCAUUUGGACAGACAUCGGGAUCAGCUUGUAUUUUAGUGGAGGUCCCCGCUAAGGUUUCUAAAGGCCCAGACAACAUCAAGGCCAAAAGAGGGACAACAGUGGUGCUUAAGGCUGAAAUAAGUGGAGAACCUCCUCCAGAUGUUGCCUGGCUCAAAGAUGGAGAUGACAUUGAAGAAGAUGCCAGGUUAUUCUUUGAUGUUGGAGACACUAACACAAUCCUGACCAUCAAACAUGCAAAGUUGUCUGACGCUGGCAAGUAUGAGGUGUUUGUGGAGAACAUUCUGGGCACAGACCAGUCUUUUGCACGUGUGGACAUCCUCUAAUGCAGCCUCACAUCUACAAUGACAUUUAGACAAUGAGCCUGUUCUCUUGUAGUGAAAUCCAUUGCACAAUAUGCUUUAUUAAUUGUACAUAAUUU